GGAGCAGGAGCAGGAUGCUGCCGGAUGCCGUGGCGCUGCUGGUGACGAUGGUGAUGGUGGUCGGCCCUCAAUCGGCCGUGGGAGGCGGCGUGGGGGGCUACGCCCAGGUCAAGUACAUGCAGCCCAUGGUGAAGGGACCCCUGGGACCACCAUUCCGUGAAGGCAAAGGGCAGUACCUGGACGUGCCACCGAUGCUGCCCAUGGACCUCAAAGGGGAGCCAGGACCACCAGGGAAGCCUGGCCCACGUGGACCCCCUGGGCCCCCUGGCUACCCAGGAAAACCAGGCACAGGGAAGCCAGGAAUGCACGGCCAGCCUGGCCCCGCUGGGCCUCCUGGCUUCUCGGGCAUUGGGAAACCUGGCAUCCCAGGACUCCCUGGAAAGGCGGGUAUGAAAGGGAUGCCUGGAGCCAAGGGUGAGCCUGGCAUGCGAGGGGAGCAAGGGCCAAGAGGACUUCCCGGCCCCCCUGGGCUGCCCGGGCCAGCUGGACUCUCUGUCAAUGGGAAGCCGGGUCCCCAGGGUGGCCCCGGCCUGCCUGGCUUUCGGGGUGAGCCUGGCCCGAAAGGAGAGCCGGGUCCCCGCGGAGAGCGAGGGAUGAAGGGUGAAAAUGGUGUGGGGAAGCCGGGGUUACCAGGGCCCCGGGGCAAUGGGGGCCCUCCUGGCCCUGCAGGGCCCCCCGGGCCUGUUGGUGUUGGGAAGCCCGGCCUUGACGGGCUGCCAGGAGCGCCAGGGGGCAAGGGCGACAUGGGCCCCCCGGGUGGGCCUGGUGUCACCGGGGAGCCUGGCCCUGUGGGGCCGCGGGGCCCCCCUGGGAUCGACGGGAUCGGGGUCCCGGGCGCUGCGGGGGUGCCAGGGAGUACGGCCCCUGGGACCAAAGGGAGAGGGCCCGGGAUCCGCGGCCUCCCAGGUUCUGCCCAGGCCCAACGCGGUUAUGGAAGCCGGCGUUUUGCCCGGCCUGAAAGGCGAGACCGUGGGCAGCCGGGCGGCCCACAGGGAGCCAUCGGCGACAAGGGGGAACCCGGGCGUGAUGGGGAGCCGGGUGCAGCCGGCCCGGCUGGCUCAUCGGCCCGCGGCGCCCCACCGGGCUCCCAUGGCGGCGCUGCGGGCAAGCCACGGGCUGCCCGGCAUCCAAGGGGGACGUGGCGGCCAAGUGGGCCCCAGGAAUGCCGGGGGAUGCGCAGUGACCAGGCCCCAGUGGCUUUGCUGCGCGAAGCAGGGUGUCCGGAGAAAAGGGCCUGCCCGCCGCGUUCAGUGGGACCCCCUGGCCCGACAGGCCCCAAAGGAGAACCAGGGUUCAUCGGCCUCCCAGGGGUGCCCGGAUUAACGGGUGGCCCUGGGCCCAAAGGGGACGGCGGGAUCCCAGGACAGCCAGGGCUGAGGGGCCCCUCAGGCAUUCCAGGAUUGCAAGGACCCGCGGGUCCCAUGGGGCCGCAAGGAGUUACCAGGGCUCGAAAAGGGGAGCCCGGGGCUCCCUGGCCGGUCCUGCGCGAGGGAUCAAGGACCGGCGAGCCCGAAAUGGCCGGACCCAUAUGGUGCCCCCCGAAUGCCCGGGAAACGCCGCGGGCCCUGAACGGGCCACCAGGCCCACCGGGGCCGCCCGGGCCGCCUGGGAGCACGGGUGCUGGACGUAGGACGGGCCAUCGCGGGGGCUGCACCUGGCCGGACGGCGGCGUGGAGGGCGCCGUGCUGGGCAACGGGAAGCCGGGCAAGCCGCAGUACGGCCGGGGGGAACUCGCCGCCCGCAUCGCGCCCGCCUUCACCGCCAUCCUCACCUCCCCCUUCCCCGCCUCCGGCAUGCCCGUCAAGUUUGACCGGACCUUGUACAACGGGCACAACGGCUACAACCCGGUCACCGGGAUCUUCACCUGCCCCGUAUCCGGAAUCUACUACUUCGCCUACCACGUGCACGUCAAAGGGACCAACGUCUGGGUGGCCCUGUACAAGAACAACGUGCCGGCUACCUACACCUACGACGAGUACAAAAAGGGGUACCUGGACCAGGCCUCGGGCAGUGCCGUGCUUGAACUCAAGGAGAACGACCAGGUGUGGGUACAAAUGCCCUCGGACCAGGCCAACGGGCUGUACUCCACGGAAUACAUCCACUCCUCCUUCUCUGGGUUCCUGCUCUGCCCCACAUAACGGCUGUUGGGCACGUUUCCUUUUCACCCACUUUAGCCAUAAACUUUUUUUUUUUUUUUGAUAAAAAAGUGUUUUAAAAUUAAUACAAAAAAGAAAAGUCACUGGGAAGAACGCGCAAGCCGCUGCUGUGGGACCUUGCUUCACGCUGUUUGAUCCAAGAGUCACGAGGGUAAUCGGGAAGGAGACAUCUACCCAUCUAUCUUUCUUUUUUUUUGGGAAGGGAGAAGGGAGGGAGGGGAGCAACUUCCUCAGCAAAGCAUAUUUGGAAUAAAUUUUACCCCAGUGGCUGGACAUCAAACACAGAAACACGCUUGGGAUGGCAAGGAUCUGGCUCUGUGAUCCAGAGAGGGGCGGCUGGAAGACCGGACCCUCCUGGUCUGUAUCAAGUGCCCUCGUUUCCCAUUUGGAAUGCUGGAUAAAUAAAUCCAGCUGUGUCAUGGCUGGUGUGUUUGGUAACCUACGCAGGGUCCCAGCACUUACACAAACCCGUACAGCGGCAGGGAUCCAUGCUGGAUUGAGAAAUUUCCUUCCCAACCAUCAGAUGCCCGAGUUCCAGGCUUGCUGACGCCUGUUUUUCCAGACUCUGCUUUGGGGCAGUCUCUCCGAUUCACUCCAGAUUCAGUGUGGUUGGAUUUAUAAUCCUAAAAAGUGGAACAUUUUGCAUAAGCACCUUCUAAGAAGUAAAUAUUAUUUUGAACACCCCCCCCAGCACCUUUAGGAAUUAAAACAUCCAGGCACUGGUACCUGGGAGGAUGGCACGACCUGUUCCAAAGGAGGCGAGGGAACCUGGAACCCCUGGGAUGAACAACCAUCCGCUCUCUCCAUUCACCUGCUGGGAAGUCCAAGGGCUGGUCCUGUCCCGUCUGUCUCUGCAGCCCAAAGACUUGCUUGGCCUCGGGAGCAUCUCUGCCCACACAAGGAUGGCACUGUGAGCCCGGCUCACGGUACUGCCAGCUGUUGUGCCACAAGGAAGUGCCACUGAUGGACAACUUGCUUUUCCUGUUUAUUUCGGGAUGUGGGAACUUUUGCAUUGGUGUCCCCCCUUGCUCUGGGGAUCUUGGCAUUAAGAAAAAACAGUAUGGUUCUAACUGCCCAUGCAGUGAUUUCACCACGGUGCUAUGAUCCACUUCACAGUGUUACAAGUGUAGUGCAAUAGGUACCUGUGACAGGGCACCAAACACGGGCCUGUGACAGGGCACCAACCCCGGUGCCACUCGGAGACUUAGGUUAAAAAAAUCAGCAUCUCUCUGCUGUUACCACUUGGUCUCCCCAGUGCUGAAGCAUUACUGACCUGAGUAUGAGCUGCAGGGUUCUGGGCCCACCUGGCUGCUCUGUCCCUUGGCACAGGCAACAAGGGAAUCCGUGGCUCUGCAGGUUUCUCACAGUAGAACAGUCACUGCCACUCACAGGACAGGGAUUCUGCUCAUCCCAGGCCAGGAACACACUGCUGAAGUCAAUCCAUGUGCAUCCCACUGCAUGUCCCUCUGCAAAGGCACAUCCUUGAGAAACACCAACAAUGUGGUCACCAGCUGAGCACCUCUGACCUUUGCAUUUUCCUACAGCCCGUUUGAUGGCCAAAGAAACACAGCAAGGCUGGGACUGAACUUGUCCUCCAGAUGGACUCUACAAGAUAUUUAAACAACUUUCCUUUUCCUACUUCUGGUUUGUUUGUUUGUUUUUCUCCUCAAGCCUGUCCUGUGUUUCUGCCUCUUGCCAUCCAGGGCUUCCUUUUAAAAACACACCUAUUCCUGAAAUUAAAAAAACACAAAAAGGAAAUUGGCAGUUGGAAGGGCAGUGCUCCAGCCACUGCCUGUUGGGGCUGUGUCCCCUCCUGGGAUUUUCUCUCCUUAAAGCUGCAAGUUUCAUGCAAAGAUGAAACUUCUCAAGCUGAAAGGUGUCAGAUCCCGCUGGACAUUUUUAACUCCUGAGGGCGGGGCGGGGUCAGGACCAUUUGGGUUGUGACUGUAACAGGUUAUUUCCCAGCAGGAACAGGACCCAUACACAGAGAGUCCCUAAAAUUAAAAGGAGAAGCUCUGAUGUUUUUUCCAAGCCCAGGUUUGGGAGCGGAGGGUGCUGGCAGGGGAUUUAUCUCCUUCCCUGUGGAGAACAGGGAGGGACUCGGCUGGUCUGGCCCCACACAACCUGUGCAGAGCCAGGAGCUGCCACACCUGGUGGGAGCCUCACCCUGCUCCUCAAAGCGACUUAUUUAUACUGUGCCUACCCUACAUCCCACCUCUUUUUGUUCUGUUCUGUUUCACUCCAAACUUCUUGUUCGAGCUGGCAAAAAGCAACGACCAAACUCCUCACUGUAACCACCCCCCAGAUUAACUCCUUCGUGCUGUAGAUAUUGUUUUGCAACUCCACUUUCCCUUCAUGUGCAGAGCAAACCCAUAAUCACUCCUUGCAGCUAUUUAACCUCUUACAUUUACACACUAGUGGAAAGCAAAGAUAUUACACGCACAUAGUUAGGCUAAAAAAAAACGAUGCACAGGAUGAGGGAGGCUGUUCACCCUCCAGAAGGAUUUUUUUUCUGGAAUACUGAGUACAUAUUCGCCAGCAGAAAGGAUUAUUUUCUGUCGUGUGUGUGAGCGCGUGGGAUUUUGGUUUCAAUCACAAGGAUAAAAAAGGUUGGGUUGGAUGAAGUGUCUAUUUUUAAUGCUGAAAACUGCAUUACAAUGUGCAUUUUUAUAUACAAAUUCUUACUAUUUUUUUUAAAUUUGCCUCUAGUAUCUUCAUUUCUAACCUAGUAUAUAGAGGUUUUUAGUUUUGUAAAUACUUAUUACAUGCACUGUCCUAGUAAAAGUUGGUUUAAAAUGCACUCUUUGUGACCCAAAACUGGCCUGCUCUUCACAACUAAA